CGUAUUUGUAUCUAUGUGAUGUAUGUAACCGGCUAAGGUUACCGAUCAUCAAAAGGUUAAAACAUGGUUUAUAAAAUAACAAAAAAAAAAAAAAAACUGAAAUACAAACCCACCCACCACACCGAUUCAUUCAUUCAUUCACACAUCAAAACACAUCACAUUUCCAAUCUCCAAUCCAGAUUAGGUUUAGGGUUUAUAUACAAUUAAAUAUUUUUUCAAAAUAAAAAGAAUUAAAUAAUGGCACCAAAAGCAGCAGCGGCGGCAGAAAGUGAUGCGAAGAAAGGGGGGUAGAGGAAAAGCAAAGAACACGAACUCUGUUUCCAGAUCUUCAAAAGCUGGUCUUCAGUUUUCGGUUGCUAGAAUCGCUAGAUUUCUUAAGAGCGAAAAGUACGCUCAGCGUGUCGGUGGCGACGCUCCUGUUUACCUUGCUGCUGUCCUUGAGUAUCUCGCCGCUGAGGUAUUGGAGUUGGCUGGAAAUGCAGCAAGGGAUAACAAGAAGACAGGGAUAGUGCAAAAAAAACAUGGUUAAACGUAUUUUUGGGUAUAUAUGUAUAAAGAGCAUAUAGGUUUUUAUUUUUGUCAUUUUAUACUCAACAAAUCAUGUUUUAACCUUUUGAUGACCGGUAACCUAUAGAUUAGCCGGUUAAAUACAUAACAUAGACACAAAUAUGUUUUUCGUUGCAUUGCAUACGGCUUUAA